UCAUGGCGUCCCUCAGCAGUGAUGAGUGGAGAACAAUCUGCGACAAAUUCACCAACGCCCAAAAUUUAACGGAGGUAGAAUCACGUAACGACCCAGAAAAUGACCCGUUCCGAUCCAAAUACAAGGCCAGGGAGCUCCUCAGAGAGAUAUACUGCUCACUGAAGAGCUUUGAAGCUGGCGAGGGUGAGGAGGACAGCGGCGGAGAGAGCGGCGACCAACGUCCGACAGAGCAGCCUGUGGACGGGCAGAGGGAGGAUGUGUUCGGUCAAGGCUUCAGUGGCGACUCGCCGGCCGGCCUGCGGGCCGCUAAACUCGGGGCUGUGGAAUACUAUCUUGGCGUCAACCACGUUGACACGGAGGAACUGUCAGCCGGACGAGAACAUCUAAUGAACUGCAUGAAACAGCUGGAGAGAUGCAGAGUGUCGUGCGAAAAUGUGUCACUGUUUAUCCAUGUCAGGAACCAGUUGGGCAUCCUGUGGGCAGGCCGGGAUGAGACAGAGACUGCACAGGGAUUCCUUGAAACAGCUGAAUCCAUCUACCAACGUUAUAUGAAGGAGGAUGGGAGUCCUCCCACUGAUAUGACAGAGUACUUUACUACUGAGGAGAACCUGCUGACCCAUCAGGAAAGGACUAAGAGGUUCGAGUUGGCCUACACUCAUACCAUGUACUACCUUGCUCAAGUCUAUCAAAACCUUGGUGAAACUGAGCGUGCUGCCAUCUAUUGUCACAGUACCCUGCAGAGACAGUUACAGUUAAAUCAGUUCAAUCCCAUGGAGUGGGCACUGAACGCUGCUACACUAUCACAGUAUUACAUCACUAAGGGCCGAUACAUGGAAGGCAGACAUUGCCUCUCAGCAGCUACUGUCAUAUCAGGUUUGGCAGGAGAAGUUCCUUCUGAGGCUGCAGCCCAGGAAAGUGAGACAGAGAGUGAGCGAAGGGAACAGCUCAGACAAAAGAGAGCAGAGAUUGCGAGAUGUUGGAUAAAAUACUGUCUCAACCUCCUGCGGGAUGCUAAGAAGCUGCUAGAGGACAACAUUGGGGAGCUAGAUACUGAUCGUCAAGAAGAGUUGAAGAGAGAACGAAGACGUGAGGAGGAGGAGGAAGAGAAGGGCAGGAAGAGCGCUCUGCUGUUUGGCUCUGAAGACACUUUUGACUCGAUUGCUAGCCUGGAGGAGAAGGUGCACUGUUUGUUCCCAUUGGACUUCACCGAGGCCAGAGCUGUAUUUCUAGUCGGACAGAAUUAUGUCACACAGGCCAAAGAGUACUUUCAGAUGGAUGGAUAUGUGACAGACCACAUAGAGAUCUUGCAGGAUCACAGUUCUCUGUUCAGGGCCUUGGCUUUCUUUGAGGAGGAUCUGGAGCGACGCUGCAAAAUGCAUAAACGAAGAGUUGAUAUGCUAGAGCCAAUCUGCAGUGACUUGAACUCCCAGUACUACCUACUGAUCCACAGACAGUUGAUGUUUGAGUUGGCAGAGACCUACAGUGAAAUGAUGGACCUGAAACUGACACUGGCCAACAGACAAGCAGAUACACAGUCACUAGAUAACCACACCAUUAAGAAAUUCAACCACCUGUGCUCUGCCUCUGCCAAGUACUUCCAGAUGUUCCUAGACUCUCUAUGUUCUCCAGAAGGGAAGUUUCCAGAGCACCUGGAGGAGGAGGUGCUCAGACCUGCUCUGGUGGCCCGCUUCAGAGUAGCCCGACUACACAGCCGGCUGAUCAGCUCCAUACCGUCUGUUCAGCUGGAGAACCUCAACAAAUCUCUGGAAAACUACAAAUACGUGGUGCAGUAUUGUGAGGCCCACCCUGAGGCAGCACCCGCUGUGGAGACUGAGUUGGAGCUGAGUAAGGAGAUGGCUGGCCUGCUCCCUCUCAAAAUUAACCGCCUGAAAGCAAGGAUGGCUGCAAACAACUCAGGGAUGCCGCUGCUCACUGACUGACUUGUUGAUUGACUAAUAGCAUUAAAUCCAACCAGAUGAGACUUUUAGUCCAACUUUCCCACCUUGUAGUCAAUGACACUCCCAACAGUUAGAGAAACCGGGUGGCAGAUUAACUGACUGUCUUGCUUAUUGUAACUUGUAUUGGUGAUGGCCGCUUGUUUUUUGCAGUGAGAAUGCUGUUUUCACAAGACCUAUUAACACAGUACACACUAUACAUAUGUGCUUUUCUUUUUGUAGUAGAAUAUGUGGUCAAUUUACUUUAAAUUCAGAUAGCACAGAAAAUAUAUUCUGUUCAAAAUCACCAUGGAAAUGUCAAUGUCAUUGUACUCAGAUAUAAUUUAGAAAACGCUGAUAAUAUCGUCAUGUUUUCAACACUUAGAAUUGAGCAGCGAUUGACCCAGACCUGUUUUUUUCUUUACAUUGAUGCUUUCUUCCCCAACCAGAGUGGUGUAAAAACAUAUAUGAAGUUGUGGGUUUAUUGUUAAAAUGUCAGAUGCUGCCUUUGGAAAUGAUAAGGCAUCGUUAUGGCUGAUAUGUACAUAAGAGUUGUUUUUUUUUAUUGUUAAUCAUAUUGGUUUUCAUUUAAUGUGGCUUUAUUUUCUGUAAAGCACUCAGCACAUUAAAAUUCUGUCUCUUCAACUACUUUAAAUCUCUGAUAGUAAAACAAAUGUUAAAGUUUACUGUAACCAGGGUUACUAUAGCCAGGCAAUAGAAACAGAGGAACAGAUAGUAUUCACUUUUUAGUGUUUUUUGCCUUUGCUUCUGAGAAACAUCCACCCCAGUGGUAUGAAGUCAUUAAGUGGGCUUAACCACACUGAUAGUGUGUUAGAUUUCAUAAUUUGCAUGAUGCCUGCUUCAUCGAGUUGAACCUCUGUAUUUUCUUCUUGUCUCUGAGGACUCACAGUCAUCCUAUUUUAUGUACAGUAGAUACUGUAUGUAAUGAUAUUAAACCCAUGAAGUAAUACACACUUAUGUCACAAUACCAAUAUGUGCUUUUGUACUUUCAGAAAGAAGCUACAGAUAAAAUGGGUCCUCUGUCUUUUCCCUGGUAUAGCUCUAUAAUAGGACUACUAAGUGGAUUUAAAGACUGUGGGUAACUGAGGAAAAGGCUAAAAUGAUCUCAGAGUGGGCUCCAGACCUGGUUUUCCAGACUAUUAAACUGCUUAAUAAAGAGAAAUGUCUAAAACGAUGUCUAUUAAAAGCAAAUUAUGUCUUAAACUGACUGUGGCUACGUGUUGGAUGUCCUAUAAAA